AUGGAGGUGGGGACAUUAUUAAUGCAAGCAAAUCAAGCUUCCAUCAAUGAACAAAUGUUACUUGAAGAAGGAAUGUCAAGCACAACAAAUGAGGGCAUAAAUGUGUCAUACAUACCCCAUUUUGCUGAAGAAGUAGCUGAUUUCAUAAUUGAGGACAAUACAAAAAGAAAAAAGAAGUUGGAUGAAAUCCAACUAGUAAUAUCUGAUUACAGAGUGAACACAAUAGAGCAAGGACAAAUUUACAAGGAUAAGAACACAGUCAAAUCAACCCUUAGCUACUAUGCAAUGCUGCAUAACUUCCAGUUCAAAACAAAAAGAUCAGAACCUAGAGAGUACCUAGUUACUUGCGCAGAUGAAAAAUGCAACUGGUUGGUGAGAGCAUCUAAGUAUAGAAAUCAAGAUUUAUUCAAGGUACGGAAAUGCAAUCCAAAUCACACUUGCUCUGUUGAAAUUGUUUUGGAAGACCAUAGGCAAGCAAAAAGCAUCGUAGUUGGGGAAUUAAUAAAGAAUAAGUACAAGUCAAUCAAAAGAAAUUACACUCCAAAUGACAUCAUGAAUGAUAUGAAUGAUGACUUUGGAGUAACUAUGGGAUACACAAAAGCAUGGAGAUCAAGAGAGAAAGCUUUGCGUCUAGUAAGAGGGAACCCCGAUGAUUCAUAUCAGAAGUUGCCAAUAUAUCUUUACAUGUUGAAGAAAGCAAAUCCAGGAACAAUAACACACCUACUCACAGACAAGGAAGAUAGAUUCAAAUACCUAUACAUAGCUUUCUCUAACUCAAUCAAGGGUUGGAGAUACUUGAGGCCUAUAAUUGUUGUUGAAGGAACUUUUUUGAAAAAUGCACAUGGUGGUACCUUGUUUUCAGCAUCAACGUUAGAUUCAAACAACAACAUUUUCGUGUUGGCUUUUGGAAUAUCAGACUCCGAAAAUGAUAACUCAUGGCUAUGGUUCUUCUCCAAACUGCGAGAAACCUAUGGAGAACCCGAAGGAUUGGCUAUAGUUUCUGACAGACAUAAGAGCAUAGACAAUGCAGUACAUAUGGUGUACCCAAAUGCUUUCCAUGGAGCUUGCAUGUUUCACUUACUCAAUAAUUUGAAAGAAUUGAUAGACGCAUUAGGCCCUAUUUAG